AUGGCAAUGUCUGUUGAUCUACGAGAAAAUUACGUUGGCGCUAAUUAUGUAAAGCAAUGGGAAAAUCAACUUCGAUCUCUCUCUUCGGAGAUUGUCAAUUCAGGGAAUAGGAAAAUCCCGGGUCUUUUACUGAAAGUUAAGGAUAUGUUGGAAGCUGUGAGCUCAGUGUCUAAAGAAGCAGCCACUAUUCGAAAACUUCUAUGGAAAUAUAAAUUUAUUCAGACUAUAAUUAUCUUCCUAAAACGUGACUAUACCAUGAUAGAUGGUGGUUGGAGCACUGCUGCAAAACUUUCAGAUGUCUUAAGUAAAAUGUGUAUUGGCAUAGAUUUUGCUGACUCAUUGGAAUUCAAGGAGGAAAGCCUUCCUAAAGCUGUAAACAAUAUGUUAAGCUUAGCUUUGCAGAUUCAUGAUGAAUAUUGUCGUAUUCCUGGACUAAAGAGCACACAGAAACUCCGAGAAGACUUUUGCAAACAUUUCAGAAUGGUUCUUGAGUCUCUGAGCUACUUGGCAAGUGCAUAUAUUUUCUUGCCAAAACUGAUUCUAAAAAGUGAUCUUUUACUGAAAUUACUGAUGACUGAUGAUUCUGAAAUGGGUAGAGACGUCAUUCAGUUUAUACAAAAUAUCACAAGACUUGAUUGGAAUAUCUUGAGAGAGUUGGAUGAAACAGCCGUUGAUACGAUAUUUGAUGAACUCAUUUAUAAAUUGUCAGUUUAUACAGAUCCUAAAGUUGGUUUAGCUGCCAGUCGAUGUGUUUUUGAGUUUUGUGAACACCACACACCUUUAAUUGAUUUAUUAUGCACCAAAUAUAAAGGGCUUCGUGUUCUCUUAAGCAAAUUAGCAGAGAAAGGUUAUCGUAGCGAAUUAAAACCACUUCUCUCCCUCCUGAAUGCUGGCUCUUCAGAGCAAGCAAUAAAAGAGAAGUCCCAUGUUGCUGCACAAAAAAUCCAGGCUAUUUGGCGAGGCUACAUUGCUAGAAAAAGACUUCAUAAGAUAAACAAAUCAAUUGGAAAAUUUCAGAGAAUGUAUUUCAAAUGGAAAGAAAAUAAAAAUCAGCAAUUGCAAGAACAACAUAAGAAGGCUUGGCAGAUUGAGCAGCAACGAAGUGAACUCCAGCAGAACAUGAGGUCUUUUCAUGAAAAACAAUUAAAGAAAAUAGAAAUCGUAAGAGCAGCUCACAUCCAGCAACAUUUAUAUGGGGAAAUGGAGUCUGCUGUCAUUUGCAUUCAGAAAGUGUGGAAAGGAUAUAGAGAGAGAUCAAAAUGGAAAGAACGACAAGAGGAAUUUAAACGUCACAAGGCUGCAAUCACAAUACAAAGAAAUGUUCGGAAAUGGCUUAAAACUAGACAAAAAAAGUUUUCACCUCUGCUCUAUGUAAAACCCUUGAGCUUAACAGAAACACGGAGAGAAGAAUUACAGCAAAUAAUAAACCAGUGGAAAGAACAGAGGGCACAACUGGACUCUGUCCAACACCCAAGAGAAUUGCAACAAAAAACCAAUGAACUUCUCCAUAAAUAUUACACUAAUUUGCCAUUUUCAAGAAAAUAUCAACACCACCAUGCUGCUCUCCAAGCAAGAAUUGAAAUAGAUUUAGAUUUAAUGCUGAAUGCUCCCAAAUUUCAGACCAUCACAGAGAAGGAUAUUGAGUUGUAUUCCAGCAUCUCACUGCCAAUUGCAAUUCGAGCCAAAGUAGGGCACAAAGAACAACUAAAGAAAUACUGUGCCCCUUGGUGGCAAAGUUUAAGAGAUGAUUAUUUACAAAAUGAAGAAUCCGAAGAAGGCAUGUAA